AUGCCAAGAAACUUCAAUAAUGCAAAAACACGAGAACUCAUUCAAACUCGACACUGUGUAGAACUAAAGCCACCUAGAGUUAAUCGGUCGGCUGAAGUACAACCCACAGCAACCAGGAAAGGCAGAUGCUCGCAAAAUGUAAAGAGAAUCUCGGAAAAACUAACAGAAACCUUUAGCAGGGACCCCCAACAGGAAUCCCCAACAGGAACCACCAACAGGAACCUUUAUCAAGAAACCUCAACAGCAGUCUUCACUAGGACCCCCCCCCCCCCCCCAACAGAAACCCCCCCAACAGGAACCCUCAUCAAAAACCCCAACAGCAAUCCCCAACAGGAACCUCUAACAGGACCCCCUCCCACCCACCCCCACCCCCACCCCCACCAGGCUCCCCCCAACCGGAACCGCCACAGGAACGAGCACAGACCGACGGGUUGCCGGACCCUGGCUGGCACCGUGCCCCGCGUCUGUGCCAUUUCCACGUCGGGAAGAACUACACUUGGCAUGACGGAUGCUGAAUGCUGGCGGAGUAACACGGUGUCAUAA